CCUCAUUCACUGCUUACACAAAAACACAAACACAACACAACUUCCCAAGUUCUUAGUUUCUUCCUUUUUUUUCUAGUUCACACCGAAACGGCAAGAGCUUACUAAAUUCAGUCUGACAAAACUACUAACUCCCCGAAUGUUGGAGGGAGAAGCUACUGGCACGUGGGCGCGCGCGUGCGACACGUGCCGCUCCGCAGCCUCCACCGUCUUCUGCCGCGCCCACAACGCCUACCUCUGCGCCUCCUGCGAUGGCCGCGUGCACCACGCGUCCUCCUCCUCUUGGCACGAGCGUGUGUGGGUCUGCGAGGCCUGCGAACGGGCCCCCGCGGCGUUUCUCUGCAAGGCCGACGCCGCCUCCCUCUGCUCCUCAUGCGACGCCGACAUCCACUCCGCGAACCCUCUCGCAAGCCGCCACCACCGCGUCCCCAUCCUCCCCAUCGCUGCCGGCCACCACUCUCACGUCGAAAUCGACGUCGCCGACGACGACGAUGGUGCUGACGUGGAUGAUGAAGACGAAACCGCUUCCUGGCUCUUGCUCAACCCUGUCAAAACUGGCACUGUCCCUAACAGCAACAAUAAUGGGUUCUUGUACAGUGGUGAGGUUGACGAGUAUUUGGACCUUGUUGAUAACUGUAACUCUUGUGGUGACAACAACCACUUCGCUGCAACUACCACUACUGCUACUACUGCUGAUCAUUACGCUCAGCACCAUCAUUUUGAUGGUGUUUCUCAGAAGAGUUAUGCCGGGGACAGCGUGGUUCCGGUUCAGCAGCACCACCAUUUUCAGCUUGGCUUGGAGUUUGAGAAUUCUAAAGCUGCCUUCAGUUACAAUGGUUCUAUUAGUCAAAGUAUUUCAGUUUCAUCAAUGGAUAUUGGUGUUGUACCUGAAUCACCGAUGAGGGAUGUCUCAAUUUCCCAUACAAGACCCCCCAAAGGGACGAUUGACCUAUUUUCUGGACCUCCCAUUCAGAUGCCUUCCCACUUUUCUCCAAUGGACAGGGAGGCCAGAGUCCUAAGGUACAGAGAGAAAAAGAAGACAAGAAAAUUUGAGAAAACGAUCAGGUAUGCCUCGAGGAAGGCCUAUGCAGAGACCAGACCCCGAAUAAAGGGUCGUUUUGCCAAGAGAACAGAUGUGGAAGCUGAAGUGGAUCAGAUGUUCUCCACAACACUAAUGACAGAAGUUGGAUAUGGCAUUGUUCCCUCUUUCUGAAUAUGCUGUGUUGAACAAAAGUGGCAUUGCCAAAUGAUCAUGAUCAAUAGAAUUGGCAACCACUUAUGUACUAAGUUGUUUUGUUGAUAAUGUAUUUUUUAUGUAAUCUAAUUACUCCAAGUUGCACUAAUCGGAUGCUUUUAUUAUUUUGUUUACUGUAUUUUGAAUGAAACUUGUAUUUGUAAAUACAGUCCUUGUAUUAAAUUAUAGUCAACAUAUCUUUGAUAAA